CACACUCUAAACCCUUCCUCUCUCCUCCUCUCUCUCUCUCGCCCCAUGCCAUGACACCUCACCUCUCCUCCUCUUUUCCCGUCUCCAAACCCCUUCCGACCCACCCCCAUAAGCCGAUCCCAAGAACACCGACGCCCCAAAAGCCUAUCCAAGUCCUCAACUCCACCAUCCGCCACCGGAGAUCCCACCACAAGAAGAUCGGAAGCCCCGAGCCCCCAUGGCUUGUCCUCCCUCCCCCCGCCCUCGCAAACCCCUUCUCCGGCGAAACGCCGCCGCUCUUCGGCUUCCAGCUGAAGAGCCCCGCCACCGGCAUCCCCUUCUCCCUCCGCCUCGUCCAGUUGAGGAAGAAACGCACGAGCUCCCCCCGGCCCCGCUCCUCCUCCUCCCCCCCGGCCCUCGGCUCCGUCGGCAACGCCGUCUGGUCCCUCGCUUCUCUCAUGGAGGAAAUCCAGAGAUCCAUCCUCUCCGAAGACGACGAGGCGGAGGACACCGCCGAGUGUGUUUCCAGAGAUACCGGCGACUCCAUCGUUUGGCUCUUCCGGAAAGUCUUCUCCUCCUCGCCUAAUCUCGCCGUCGGCCUCCUUGUUCUCAUGGCCAAAUUCUUCGUCGCCUCGGUGGGGACGGAGAAGCCGAAGGUCCUCGCAGCCGUCGCGGAAGAAAGGAACCUCGACGGCCCCGAUGCUUCGAAACCCGGUCCGCCGGGGAGUUACGGGCGCCGCUGGUCCGACCUCGGAAUCCUCGACGGCGCCGAGAAGGCGGCAUUCGACGAUCGGUGCCCCGACUCCAUGCGGCGGCGCAUGGCUUACGAGAACAUGAUCGCCAACGAGGGGACCAAUUCCCUGAUCCUCUCGAACUACGCGCAGCUCCUUUAUCAGUAUGAGAAGGACUUCGAUAGAGCGAACCAUUUCUUCCGUUGGGCGGUGAAUGCGGAGCCGGCGGAUGGGGAGGCGAUGAGCAGGUACGCGUUGUUCCUGUGGCGCGGCCGUGGAGACCUCGAGGGGGCGGAGGAGAUGUUCUUGGAGGCGAUACAGGCCGACCCAGAGAACGACUACCACAGGAGUAAUUAUGCCUGGUUCUUAUGGACGACCGGCGGACAGGAUACUUGCUUCCCCUUGGAAGCUAAUGAAGAAAGAGAUUGCCGGGAAUUGUGACUCCUACUCUUAUGGUUCGAGGUUACAAAGGCAGAACCAAAGAGGCCCAUGUACGCCCUGUCUGCCUAUGCAGUUUGGAUUUGACAAUCUCUUCAGGCAUUCAAAUAUUACAAGCUACAGCUCAUGGUACUAGGCAACUAGCCUGAACAGGUUAUAAGCCCCUUCAACUCCUUACAUUGUGACAGCUUAUAACUUUCUUGAAAUAUUGAUUUGUAACUAUUCUACAACAUUAUUUCGAUCAUUAGCCAUUUGUUAUUCCUCAUAGCAUUGACUUGAACGAGGGGAUUCUUCUCAGUGAUCCGUCAACAGUAUCAGUAUAAUUUGAAAGGAUAAAUUGUCAUUGGUAGUU